CGACCAAAAUUGUAGCUUAGCACGAGGUAGACGCCUCUUUCCAGCCGAACAGCCAAUCAGAUUGCAGUAAAAUUUUUUCGGGGUAAACAAGCACAUUGAAUCAACGCGGUUUCUCCUAAGAAGCUGCUUCAGUGCGUCAUAACAUCCCGAGCUGGAAGCAUCGUCUUCUUAAUCGAUCUGCUAUUAUAAAACCCAAUACUUUUUCAAUUCUUUCUGCAUAUAUAAUAAAUAUAUGUAGAACUGACAACUUAUAUACAACAGUUCCUAUAUAUUGCAUUACCAACGACCAUUUGAUUUAAUAUUUUUAAAAACCUGAGAAAGAAAUCCCUUUAUUAUUUUGUCUUUGUGAGGACAAUUUAGGGAUUGAUUCUUCUGUUAUAUUUUUGUGGAAGGCAGACAGAGACAUCGUUAAUUAUCCUUUGACUUUUUUGUUUACCGUGUUUUUACCAAAACAGUUCCUCGCCAUGCCACAGCUUGAAGUUCUUUCCAACAACGAAAUGAAUCUAAACAGGAAUUUAGGCUUGCUCCAAGCUUCCGUAUCUUCAAUUCUGCAACAACCUGAGGUACCCAAAGGUGGUGCACUUGUUAAGGUGUGUUUCGCUGGUGCCUGCUAUUCUGAGGGACAUGUACGUAGGAAGGGCUACCGACCUCGUUUUCCUGGUUACGAAAUAUCUGGCAUCAUUUAUGAGGUUUGCAAUUCUCUCCCAAACCGAAACCUUAACCCUGGAGAUCGGAUCAUCCUUUACCCCGACGAAGAAAUCGCUGAUUCCGGUUACACCGAAUUCUUACCAAUAAGUGAUGUGUCUAAGAUAUACCAGAUACCUUCCAACAUGUCCUUAGCAGUCGCUGCCAUGAUACCCGGAGGUGGUCUUACUGGCUUCAGCGCCGUCCUCAAGGCUAAACCACAUAUCGAAAAACUUGCUGAAGUCAAACCUAUUGUAAACGUGUUAGUGGUCGGAGCAGGUGGUCUGGGACUCUGGACUCUCAGAAUGGCCGAAUAUUUACUUGGAGAACACAACACCAAUGUCCGAGUGUUCGUGGCCGACAGCAAUAUUGACCGCUUGUUGACUGCUCAGGACCAUGGCUGUUACGAUAUCAUCCACUGGAAUGAAGAAGACCAUGAAGAAUACAUUUGUGAACGAACAAUUGAGGCUUGCCAUGGUGGACUUGAUGUUGUUAUCGAUUUUGUUAGUUCACGUCGUACAAUGAACAGAUCUCUGCAAGUUCUCAAUAGAGAAGGUCUCAUAAUCGUAGGUGGAAGCUCAGUCACAGAAAUGAGUAUCAACUUAAAUGUAUUAUCAGCUAAACAGCAGAGUAUUACCAGUAUACCUAAAGGAUCUCCAGAAGAAUUGGCAGAAUUAGUACAGUGCGUGGCAUCUGGACGGGUCAGUCCACCAACAUAUGCUGUAUUCCCUGUUGAAAAUGCAAAUCAAGUGUUUGAAGAUUUAACGCUGGCCAGAAUCACAGGACGAGCAGUCUUGCGGCUAGGGAACACAAAUGUUGACAAUUAAGGAAGCAUCCUUACCCCUCCCCUAAUAAGACAGACUUUCUUAACAUCUGAGAAGAAUCUGUUUUUACCUUUUCACUUCAAAAAGGCUGUGAUCUAUCAAACAUUGAACUUGUUCUUCUUGCACACAAGUAUCGUAAAAAAUAUAUUCCUGCUGAUAUUUGGUUUGUGCAGAACAAUUAUCUAAACGACAGCAACAAAUGGCCAUUGCUGCACAGUUGGCUCCUACAAUCAUUGGUGAUAAUUCUAGGACAAGGUUGUCUCUCCACUAUUCUUUUUCUUCAAAUUUUUGUUCUCAAAGUUACCUUUGACUUUUUGACACACAUUGCCAGCAGUGUGGAUGUAUUUGUGGUGGUGGGCGGGGGGAAUUCCCUCCCACCGACAAAUUUCCAUAUCAGAUCAGAUUUUUUUUUUUUUUCUGCUGGAAGAAAGUUUUUGUUUAUUGUGUGGAGGGCAUGUGAGAGCAAUCUGUUGUUGUUGUAGUAGUAGUAUCAUAUUGAUGCUAUAUGGAACAAAUAUAUAUAUAUAUACUGAAGCUGUCCGAAAAGCACACACAUUUAUAUAUAUUGUGAUAUAUUAAUGAUUAGCAGCCAAUUCCCAAAUCUCUUGUCAGUUUAGUCAACAGAAAUUAAAUGUUCUCUUGACCCAAAUUCUUCAUUGUCACACAUACAAAUACGUCAAAGAAAAGGCUUCUUUGAUAUAAAAUAUAUAUAUAUACACAUGUAUUUAUAUAUAAUGGGUCUAUGAUAGUGAAAGCUUGACUAAACGUUUUGCAGCUUCAAAGCCUCAUUGCAUUUGGAGAUUUUUUUUUUUUUAUAACAUUCGUGAUGUGCGGAAACUUUGCUGAUAGUUUGACCAUGAGUAGUUUGGCUAUGGUAUUUUGACCACAGGAAAUAGCUAGUGCACUUCAACUUCUUUGCAUUCCUAGAAUCUCGGACUCUCUGUCGUCUUCGGUAGUCCUAAGUGGAACUUAGCUUGACCUUGUCAAACCGACAACACUCUUCACUUCCAACCAUUCACCUUGUUCACAAAGGGUCUUGUGACGAUGGAUGGACUUUUUUUUUUUUUUUUUUUUUUUUAUUUUAUACUGAUUACAUCUAUUUGAUGUCUGUUACACCCAGGUAAUUAGCAAUGCUAUCAUAUUUCCUGUUGCGAAAAUCAGUGAUUGUAUGAGCUCAGUAUUUAUCGAAUUUGUACAAAAAAAAAAAACUGGGAAGUUGAACCAAGAGAAAAAAAAGCUUACCGAACAUGACUUAGAGUUGUUAGUUUAAUGUGAAAGUAUCCCAACAUUUCUCUCUAUAGUGUUGAUUUAGUAAACCGUGAAUUUGAACGUGGUCUCCCUGAGCCCCUAAUCCUUGCUCCUUCUCCACCUUGAUUUAUGUUGAGAUACUGUAGAUUGAAUGGUCUUCUAGACACAGGACUGGCCAGCUGGUCUAUAACACUGAUAUUAUGUCUGCUGACAGCAGGGCUUUCAACAAAUUGUAGACUUAUAAAGUGUACAAAUUUCACUUUUCAUUUAUAUAUAUUAAAAAAUGUAUAAAACCAGAAUAAAUUAUUUUGUAUAAUAUA